CUUAAAUUUGUAUUUUAUCAAUAAUAAAACUCUAAUCCGCAGGACAAACAUUGUAAACAAUCUCAUGAACAAAAAUAGUAAAAAAUGUAUCUGUUGGUCAAAAUAAUUCGAAACUCAAAAAAAUAUUACAAAAAAACAAAAAUGUACUAAGAAGAAGUAUAUUCCCUAUGCAAAAUAAAAAUUAUGAACAGAUUUUAUGCAAUACGGAUUGUGUUUGAUAAUGUUUAGUGCAUGUUACAAUUAAAAAUUAGUUGUAGUAAUAUUUUUAUUCAAUUGAAUACUUUAAAUUAAAAAAAUAAAAUAAAAUUUAAAAAAAAAUUAAAAGUAACAUUUAUUCGGUCCGGUCCCGGUCCGGUCCCGGGCCGGUCCUUAGCUUAAUCGGUCCGGUCCUCGGUCCACCAAAUGCCCCUUAUUCGGUCCCGGUCCGGUCCCGGUCCGGGCCGGUCCGGUCCGGGUUUGACCCGAUGAACACCCCUACUGCUCAACUUGUUUUGGAAAAUGGUCAUUGGAUGCCCCCCCAUGAUGUUUUGGCUUUGAUCAGACCUUUUCCGGACGAAGAAGGUCGCCACCGCGAUAAGCGUCCCAAGAAUCACCACCCUCUCCUCCUCCCAGAUGCUCAUUUUUCAGACAUCCUUCAUUUUAACAUAUGGGACUGGGAGAGCAUUGUGACUGUGGAGUGCAUAACCGUGAAGCAUAUCAAACACGGAACUUGUGCUAAAAUCUACGGAAAUGUGAUUGCUUUUGACGAUCAUAACCAGCAGGUGUUAUUUCGCCGCAAACCAUGCGAAAGCGAUGCAAAAAAAAGCGGAGAUGAUUUAAAACUCAAAGGUCCUCAUUUUUCUGCUCUUGAUGCAAUUUAUUGGGGCAGCAUUGUGAUCAACCUCCUUGAGGACCGUGGUGAUGGCCGAGAGAGAGUUUUUGCUAGAGGCCUUAUCGACGUUGAGGAAGAUGGUUAUUUCGAAGUGGAUGUGGAAAGUGAUGGCGGAGUUGUGAGUGUUGUUUAUGCCUCAGUGCAGGAUGCCGUUUGGGCUCAGGUUUGUGUUGGUGGGCUUCAAAACAUGCGCGUGUGUGGAUGUAUCAAAGCCCGGAGGGAAAUCGCGGGGGUACGGAGUGAAUUCUUAAUGUUUACCAAAUCUUCGGACAACUGUGUCGAUGUGGGCCCCGAUGGUAUUUUUCGUCUCGAUCGUUCGGUUGUGGUUGCAUCCAAAAGGGCUGGGUUAACCAUCUCCGUCUCUUUGAAUUUGUGCCAUGGCGAUGAUGAUGAGUGGACAUGGUGUGUGGUGCAAAAAGAUCUAGUCUUUGAUGCAGUGUUUAAGAAGGAAGCCCAGAGCAUUCAUGAUGUAUUUGGUGGCAAAGUCACCGUGUCCCUCGCUUACAAUGAUAUACCCGGCCUUCAUUGUGAUGCUUUUGACCCGUAUGAUAACGACGAUGAGUGGGGUGUGGGUGGUCGACUGUAUGACGACACGAUGGAGGUUAUCCAGAGACAAAUGAUGGGCAUUCGUUCUCAAUGAACAAAUGGCUGCUGCGCUCUUCGCCCCGGCCAAAUCCCGAGUUAAUCUUUGUAUUUCCUGAAUGAAUAAAUUAAACAUCGUCAUGUUUAAGUGUCUUUGCUCAAAUUGUGUUUCCCCUAAUAUGACUACUGCAUGUGGCUGAUAGCAUUACUCCGAAUAUGAUUGGUCUUCUUUGUCCUUGUAUGUCACUUAUUGCCACAUUUAUGUUGUUGAAGUUCUUUUUAAUCCUUUUAUGUUGUUGAAGUUCUUUUUAAUCCUUUUAUGUUGCUGAAGUUCUUUCGCUUUCGAACUCUGCAAGCGUAUAAUCUUUUUAUGUUGGAAGUUAUUUGGCUUUCCAACUAUGCAAGUGCUUAAUCUUACCAAUCAUAUUAAAUGUAAAAAGUUGCCAUUCAUCACAUACUCUCCCUCGGUGCUCCGCCCGCCCCCUAGCAAAUGAACCUGAUAAAAUGCCUCCUCCUCCUGCUGCUCUGCAAACAAAGACACACUUCCCAAGAAUUGCUCUAACACCUCUUCACGUGAUGUGGAGCAGGAAAUGCCAGUAAAUUCAACAGCGGGCC